CCAUUCAAAAAGUUAUAUAUUUUGGAUCUAAAUAAAACAGUAAAAAGUGUUGACACCCUAAUAAAAAUUAAAAAGGGAAUUGACCCAACAUUAGUAUUUAGAGUGUCUUGUAGAGAAGGUAUAUGUGGGUCAUGCGGUAUGAAUAUCGACGGCCAAAAUCGACUUGCCUGCUUGUCAACGAUAAAACCAAAAGGUGUGACAAAAAUCUACCCCCUGCCCCACAUGUACGUAAUAAGAGAGCUGGUCGUCGACUUCAGGCACUUCACCAAGCAACACCGCAGAAUUAAACCUUAUUUAAUAUACAAAGAUAAAAUCUCCAAAGAACGCCAACUACUCCAAAGCACAAAAGACAGAGACCGAAUCGAUGGCACCGUAGAAUGCAUCCUUUGCGCCUGCUGUUCGACUUCCUGUCCGGAGUAUUGGUGGCACGGCCACUCGAAAGACAAGAACGACUUCCUGGGUCCGGCGGCUCUUCUCAAUGCCUACAGGUGGUUGUCGGAUUCUAGAGAUCAGGGCUAUGACGAACGACUUAAGACUAUGACGAAUUACUUUAACGUUUAUCGAUGUCACACGAUCAAUAACUGCACCAGCUGUUGUCCCAAAGGACUUAAUCCAGCCAAGGCGAUAGCCAACAUUCGGCUUAUGAUGAGCAGAAUGAAGAGGAAGCGGAAUCCGGAGAUGUGUGGGACUGUUCCGGCUGAACCAAACAAGAUGUGUGAGGUGCAAUGUAAAGUAGAAAAUGAAGAAUAA